AUGGUGUGCCGUUCAUACCUGUUACGGCUGGGGUGCACAGUGACUGGUUUGCGACAGGCGUUAGCUCCACCGAGAGCGUUUCGCAGCGAUGAUCCACUAACACGGUGGUCCAGAAGGCUUGUGAAUGGUUGGCCAAAGCGGUGUCUUCAUCCCCAUCUAUGCGUUGGACUGGAAGGGUGUACGAGCGCAUUCAAUGCGCUGAAUUCUAUUCGCACGUGCAUGCACUUUGCGACAACAUUUCCUCCUUCUUUUCUUUCACUAGAGCGUGCGGAAGACAUUCACUCCCUCCACCCUCGCUCCACCGCGCAGAACGUGGAUCCGGCUAAUGAGACGAGACCGGGUGUCAUGUUGAGUCAAGUGGCCCGCUUUGGCGAAGAUUUAUUUUUAAAUGAUCCAUCACAUAGACAGCUUCCACUAGUUGCGCUGGAGAAUUACACGACUCGGUCGGAGAGCAUUCUUUCCUGCCGCUUUCCUCCCGCGGCACGCCUUGUCGUUGGCCAUGAAAACAAUGGCGUAAGCACGAAAUACAUCGAUGAGUUGGACGGGAAUGACAGGAAAGGCUGUCGUGCUGAACGGGUCGUGUACAUCCCACAGUAUGGAACAAUUAGUUCACUUAACGUGGUGACUUCCAUGGGUAUCGCUCUCUUCUACGCCACGCUGGACACCCGCUACCCAUCGGCAAGAACGUUGGUGCGUGGUGCAGAAGGUGGUGAUACCACCGGCGCGAGUAGUGAAUUGGAGGCAUUGCAAGCGUAUCAGCGCUUCUUUCGUCGAAGGCUCCCCAACACUGCGGCUGAGUGCAGCUUUUCACGUGUGGACCAGCGGCCUAUCCAUCCAUUGUACUACAAAGAAAAUGUGUUUAGUAUUAUUGAAAUGCAUCGUCAGCUUCGACAGCUAUUGCUACAGGCUUGCUCGUACAGAGGCGUAUCUGCAACACCUGGACACUUUGGGUUAUCUGUGCUCUAUGAGAAUGAGCGAGAUCAGCGUAGCCUUGGUGGCAUUGUUCGUAAUGCCAACGCCUUUCUCGUAGAUCAGGUGUUGUAUUUUGGAAGGAAAAAGAUCAAUGUCGUGGGAACGGUGGGAACGCAACACUACACCCCUACUGUAUACUUGGGUAGUUCCAUCAGCGACGUAGACGACGGCGGUGGCGAUGCAGAGAAUUGGGCGUUAAAGUUGUUUCAACGCGUUGAGGCGGCAAACGGUGCGACUGCCGCUUGGUGGUUUUUUGACUGCGGUCAUGCGUUUCUCUACAGAGAGGGUGCCUCUGGUGAGGAAACGGUGGAGGAAAAGGAAAGAAUGAAGUUGAGAGCCACCACGGAGGCAUGGAGCUGGUACAAUGCACACCGUGGCGACCCAGACUUCAAUAUUAGCCUAUGUGACACUGAAGAGCGACUUCGUGAGGCGGCACAAGGAGGGGUAGUUCUCCUUGUGCCACAGGAAGGGUAUUUACCCCCGUUUCAUUUACUGCGGCGCUGCCAAAGAAUUUUGACUGUGUUGCCAAAUGGAGAUAUGGAAGGCACCGCUGGGCUACCUGUUUCUGUGGCUGGGGGAAUUGCUUUGCAGCGCCUCAGCGCGGUAAUGCAUCCGCAGGUAUUGAUUCUUUAA